GUUUUAUCCAAUAUCACUCCGUCACUCAUCUUACAAAAGAAAAACAAAAUCAUCGUAUCGUAUCGUAUCUUGUUCAAAACCCACAAUUCAAGUUAAUCUGGGGAACCAAUGGCAUCAACUGUUUCCCUAACUGCUCAUUUAUCAAACAUACACGCACCUAAUGGGCGCAGAAAGUUUUCCCCUUUAUCAGCUGCACCAUGUAAAUUAAACUCCAAUGCAAAUAUACUUAACAUGAAGAUACUAUGUCGAUCCGGUCGGCAAAAAGUUGGACCUGCUAGUAGAAACUUCCGAGUGUAUGCCUUAUUUGGAGGAAAAAAGGAGAACGACGAUAAAAGUGAUGACGCACCUUCUAAGGCAGGAAUUUUUGGAAACAUGCAAAAUCUAUAUGAGACUGUGAAGAAGGCGCAAAUGGUUGUCCAGGUUGAAGCAGUGCGAGUGCAGAAAGAACUUGCUGCAGCAGAGUUUGAUGGUUAUUGUGAGGGUGAGUUGAUAAAGGUAACACUAUCGGGGAAUCAGCAACCUGUUCGAACUGAAAUCACUGAAGCUGCUAUGGAAUUGGGAGCAGAAAAAGUAUCCCUUUUAGUCACUGAGGCAUAUAAGGAUGCACACCAAAAAAGUGUCCAGGCCAUGAAGGAGAGGAUGAGUGAUCUUGCACAGAGCCUAGGAAUGCCACCAGGACUUAAUGAAGGAAUGAAGUGAUGAUUAUGACAUGAACCUCAAUUUUGUCCACAACUAUCUCACGCAGAAGAAUGCUUAUUUGUUAUUUUACAAUGAUUGUAAUUUGUGAAUUUGCAAUCUUGUUUAGUAUUCAUCUAAGCCCGGAUAUAAUUUCAAAUGGUGGAUCUGCUAUUCAAUGUCCUUCUCCUUUGUCUUUGAGACUCUGUCAUGAUUUCAAUUUUGAAAGAUCAAUUAUCCAUGAUGUAUCUGCAAUAUAUUCUUGUCUUUUUUCAA